AUGAACUCGGGCGACUCAGCACCAAGAAACGACUAUUUCACGACUUCACGCACUUUUAGACGAGACCACGACCACGACCACGGCGCAUCGAAUAAUGGGUCAAUGAAUUCACCUGCGAGUGGAUAUGGCAGGGGGCGCGAGGGGCGCGGAGGAGGAUAUGGCGGAGGGACCUAUCUCGAAUCGCCCUCACCUGGCGACUCGAUGGAACAGCUGUCUCCCCAGAUGUCCGUACGAUCUCGAGGUCGCGAUAUAGACGAUGGGCCUUCAUGGGGUGGCCGUAGAGACGAAAGCCGACUUAGAGGAAGCGAUAGACAGAGGCGGGAGGAGAAUGCGAGGCAGAGGAGUGCCAGUCGCAGCGGACAGAGCGGACGGAGCGGACAAAGUGGACGGGAGAUCAAAGGGGGGGAGGAGAUCGAUGGCGUUGUUCAAGCUAUCGAAGACGAAUGGGACUUUAUGGCAGACAGCGAAUGCAUUCCCGUCCAGGUUGGCCUACAGUUGAUGGACACGAGUACCCUUGGCCGCGCAGAUAAAGAGCCGGAGUUUAUACAGAUACAUCAGCGGAUUCAGCGUGCAUUGCGCUCUGUGGUCAAUGAGCACCAUCAUGGCUUCAACAGCCUCCUCGGGACCUACCAUAACAUCCAGACAAACCUACAAAGCUCCCAGCACCAAAUCCGGGCUCUCAAGUCCGCCCUUUUGGAAGCUAAAGCUGGCUUGCUUACCAUGAAGCCGGAGUUGAAGGAACAGGCGAUAGCAUCACAAUCGUACGAUGAAAUCUUACAGCUUUUCGAGCUGAUCGAACAUGCCCAGUCCCUCCCAGAGAAGUUAGAGGCGCGAAUGUCGGAUAAGAAAUUCAUCGCUGCAGUUGAUAUACUUAUUGAAGGGACUACUCUGCUCCAACGUCCUGAACUUGCGGGUAUAGGUUCCCUGGGGGACCUUCGGACAUACUUCAGCAACCAAGAAACUUCUUUGACCGACAUCCUUGUUGAAGAACUGCAUGACCAUCUAUAUCUGAAGUCCCCAUACUGCUGUGAUCGGUGGAAGCCCUCGUCUGACAGAGAUGGUGCUUCGGCUGGUGGAAGUGGAACUUCUUGGGAGAAGCCAUUUUAUCAGUAUCUGUCAUCUUUGGACGCAACUACAGCAUUUGUGGAAGACAUAUCUCGCAACCCAGAGACAGAUACGUUUUAUUACAUCCACCUUCUUUUAGAAGCCCUUCAUAAGAUGGGGAACUUGAAUGUUGUAGUUGAUCGGAUUGAGCAACGCCUUCCUGUUGAGCUUUAUAGUGUUGUCGAUAAAACAGGCGCUGAGGUGAAUAACAGCCAUCCAAAGUUUCAAAAGGAUACUCGGAAGCCAGGAGUGGGUGCUGUCAUCGAUUCCACGUCAGGACGAAGACAUCUAUUGUCUGAAUUCCUGUGGAAUUUAUACGCUAAGUUCGAGACAAUUGCGGAGGGUCAUCGUCUGCUGUAUGAAGUUAUCAGUGGAAUUGUCAAGCGCGAUACGCUUCCAAAUGAGGUUCACUUGACUAGUAGCUUCCAAGAGCUAUGGAAGCUAUAUCAAAGCGAAAUGCGAUCACUACUUCACGAUUACCUCUCCACAGAUGGAGCCGAGUCUUUCAGAGCCACCACCAGAACAGCAGACGAUGACUAUGCCCAAUCCUCUAUCAAGCGUGAUAAAACAAAGAAACUCUUCAAAAUGUCUGAAGUAGACCAAGCUGCUUCUGAUUUGAAAGCAGAGCAAGACGAGCUCGCAGAGAUUUUGAGAGCCUCCGUUCCUGGACUGGUGCCAAAAUCACGACAGCUGUUCUCAACCAGCGAUAACAACAAUUCCAACCAACAAAGCUCAGGGACUGGCCAUAAACUACUUAUUGAGCCCAGUGUCUUUAACAUCAGCUUGCUUCUACCUCCUGCUCUUUCCUUUAUCCACAGGCUCAAGGAAAUAGUCCCUCCAAGCUCCGACAUUGCAGUUGGAGCUCUAACGUCCUUCCUGGAUGAAUUCCUGAUAAACGUUUUUCAGCCCCAGCUUGAUGAAGCUGUAAGCGAACUAUGUGCCAUCAAUUUUAUCUCUGUGGAUGCCUACACUGAGGACCCUCAAUGGGCCUUGCACUCUCCUCGACCAAUCUUCAGAGGAACUAUAAACUUCAUGAAUCUUAUAAAAACAUUUAGCCGGAUGUUGGAUAGUAUACCCCAUGAUCAAGCUUUCACUCAAUUGAUAAUCGACCAAAUCAUUACCUAUUACGAAAAGUGCAGCGGAUGGUAUAAAGCUCUUAUGACCCGAAUAUCACCUAAUCACCCUGGUGGUGUAGCCCUCAAGACUUCAGCGGCAUUUGCAGAUUCGCAGGAAAUCCGCGAUGUGGGACGAAAAUUAUGGGAAAGUUCCGCCAGCGAGAAGCAGGCAUUAAUUAACAGGGAAAUUGAACUUCUUAUCUCUGCAACCAAAGAAACGUCGUUGAAAGGAUAUGAUAUGAUAGCUGAUCCAAAGAUAGUUGGCUCAUUGUCACUGCUCUAUAAUAGCAUGAACUGGCUAUCUAGUAAUCUCUCCAAAUUGCGCCAUAUCACUCCCCAUCAAACAGAUUCAAGCCAUGUCCAAUCAAGACAGGUAGCGCCUACUCGACGCUGGACUCUAGAGACAUCGAUGCGACCAAAGCGGGGUGAUCUGGAACGUCCUCUUCGCCUUCCUAUGACGAAGGAGUCAGUUGUGGGUUUUGAUGGUGCUAUCAAGUCAAUCCAAAAUCUAGCCUUUACGGCUAUUUUCGCCCUACAUCUCGAUAUUCGGUGCGGGUCAAUAUACAUGAUAUCCCGGGCAUUGAAGGGCAAAAACGACGGACAGUCACAGGAGCCUAACAGGAAUUCCUCAACCGAGAAUAACUGGGCUUAUAUAUUAACGGUCGAACCAACUUCUGCUUCUCCCAUCGUGCUCGAAUUAAACAACGACCUUAUUUCGUUUGGUGCUAGAAUGUCUACCUAUCUGGGACCUAACGAAUGCCGAUAUAUCACAUCCUGUCUUUCAAGGCUCAUAGACCGUGCACUAGUGUCCAGCACUCGUUUUAUUGGGGCAAUGAACAGUUUCGGAGCGUUGAGACUCCAGCUCGAUGUCCUUGUACUUCAACAGAACCUGAAGAAUAUCAUCGUCGUUUCCCCAGCCCCCGUGUCGUCCAAGAGCAGUUUAUCGUUGGACAAAGACGUUGCUGCAUCCUUACCCGAAGUAGUUGCACUCCCACAAAGCGCCAAAUUCUUGGACUGGUUCCUCGAAGGGCCUGGAAAAUCAUUACGAAAUGCAAAAGAGGAAAGAGAUAGGUUUAAGGAAAUGGGUAGUCAGGUCUUGACUGAAGGCAACGGAGAACCGUUCACAUUCGAUGAGAUGAAGGUUUUGAUUGAGUUGUGUUACUCUGCUGCACUCAAAGGCCCUCAGGGACCUGAAGCGAGAGAGGAGUUCAUGGCAGCUAAGCGUGGACUUGAUGAUUCUUUACUGAGGUUAAGUGAAGUUAUGUGGGAUGCCUAG